GUAGGCUCUGCAGUGCUUCGUUACUCUCUUCCUCUCUCCCUUUCUCUGAAUGAAUGCCAACCAAUAAGCCAAUUAUCUGACUGAUUAUGUACGAUUUCCUAACCGGCCUGCUGUUGUAGCGUACAGUUCUACAGGAAGACAACUAUAAAUGGAGGAUUCCGACUUGAAACAAGAUCCGAAGGGCCCGUCUCCACAACACGGCCUGCCUCGUUUGACCCCCGGGGUGACUGUGCACCCUAAUCCGCUACUCUGUCAACCGCGCCACACAGGUCAACACCACCAUCAUGUAUGGCCAUGUCCUCAACAAGAGGUUGAGGUUUGGUGUCCUUCGGCGGAUCUUCCAUUUCAGCAUUUUGAACCGCUCCACGGAGCGCCAUCGAGGGACAGAGAUGGAUGGACCAGCCAGUCCCGAAUGGACUGUGGUCCUCCUGCUGCCUCACACAGCAGGUGGUUUGGCGCAAGCGACGGGUUCAGAUGUUGGGACUGUCAACAAGACGCGACGGUGCGAGCGAGCGUUGACACAAGGAGCAGAGAGAGUGAUUAUGUAGACCGAUGUCAGGAUGACGAGGAGCAGCUCGAGCAACCUUUAUCACUGAGGUCUGACAUCGAUGGCCAAGAAUACAGACCCACGGCCCCCUGUUACACUCACCUGCCACUACAAAACCACUCCGCAGAUUGGCCACUUUACAAUGCACAACAUGGACCAUUCAGAGAGUUGCACUAUGCUGUGAAACCCUACGGCAAUCCACCUCACCCACACUCCGUAUCCUGUCAGGAUGCAAGACCUUGGAUGCAAUACCCACAAAACUGCCUGCGUUCUGGCGCAGAGUCGGCCAACCACUGCAACGCUCAGGGCAGUAUCUCCGUCAACGUGCCGCAGAUCGCCCUACCCCCCGCUGAGCGGUUGGCACAGGUGAGCGUGAUGAACCUGGAGCACCUGGGUCUGGAUGGCGUUCCACCAGGAGAAGGUGCCUACUCCGACCCCAACGAGAGGAGGAAGACUAUCAGUCUACCCGACGAGUGCCGAAACAUUUUUAUUACAUUCUCUGUGGACUCAGCUUCUCAGAUGGUGCCUUUCGCUGAAUUUCUAACAAACCAAGGAUUUCGACCAGCCAUUGACAUAUUUGAUAACCCCAUCAGACGGAUGGACAUCAACAAAUGGAUGGACAGCUAUCUAAAAGAUCCUUCUGUAUUGAUUAUCAUAGCAAUCAGCUCGGGCUACAAGGCAGCCAUCGAGAGGACAGGAAUGGACAGACACAGUCUACACACCAAAUAUAUUUACUCUAUGAUGCAGAAUGAGUUUAUACAGCAAGGAAGCUUGAAUUAUCGCUUUGUGCCAGUUCUCUUACCCCUUGCAACUCAGAGCCAUGUGCCUGGUUGGCUCCAGAACACGCACGUGUACCGCUGGCCGCAGGACAAGGAGAACCUCCUUCUGCGCCUCCUCCGCGAGGAGCGCUACGUCGUACCUCCUGUCCCCAAGGAGCUCACCCUCAUCGUCAAGCCUGUGACGCUCAGCUCCUUAGCCACCUUCUGAGGAGGUGCUGUGUGUGUGGGGUGGGGGUGGGGGGUUCAUGUGUUUGUAAAUGAUGAUGAUGAGCAUAUCAUGUCAAUAGCUGUUUUCAGACAUGUUUUCAGGAUUUUUGCCAUCAGGAGAUUCAACCCAGGGGUUGAUUCAGACUUGCUGCUUUAUAUGCAGACAUCGGUGUCGUUCAGACAUCAGUAGAAACCACCCGGGUGGUUUAGGGGGGUAUAGGGCUUACGAGGGGCGGGAGUCAUGCCAUAUAGGUUGUUGUUGAGUGUGUGUGGUUGAUGGCUGGUUCACAGCUUUUACAGCUUUACCUGGCCCCAGUCAGACAGACAGACUCUGGGGCUGGGUGAGGCCGCACACCUGGGGUGCAUUUGAUGAACAAUGAACACCGGAGCUACCAGCCUAAGAGGUGGAGGACGGGAGGCCUUGCGCAACCGUCUCUGGCCAGCAGCCACUGAACCAGCCAGAAGCAGCCCAGGACCAGCCGCCCCUUUGCUAGCAAGCUCAGCAGCCCGGGAAACCAUGCUCCAGAAGGGAAAUGGGGAUGGUUCAUUUUGGGUAUGGUAACGCUGUUAAUAGUCUGGUUGUUUCUCUUUGGUAUUCUAACCCUGGUCCAAACUCAGAUUAUAUUGGGGGGGUUUCUUUAUGAAGUGGGAGUAGGCUUCAGCUGAGGGUUCUCCCCAGCCUCAAGUAUGGCGUUAGCGGUAUGUGGAGUGUGUGUAGUCGAUGGCUGGUAUAAGCAGCCUCCCCUUGGCAGAGUAAGACUGAGUUGAUUCUGGGGUGGGUGGAACAGAGGGGCUUAGGCUUGAGUAAAAGGUAGGGUUUGUUGGGAGAGGUUCAAUGGUAAGGUCGAUAUAGGACAAUGUUAAUGAUGAUUCAACUUUCAAUGAACAGAAUGAAAAUAGAUUAUGUGAAUCAUGUGAAUCAUCCAUCUUAUUGCAUUGAGUCUAUUAUCAAAAGCUCAUAAUUAAAGUUUUAUAUUUUAUAUUUGGGUUAGGAUGAUGUGUUUGUGUGUUCAUAAAGUGGAUAUGCUGUAUCCUUUUUACAAUUUGUGUUAUAUAUUUUUUUUAUUCAUGUCAUUAUGCUCAGUUUAUAUUAACUUCUGAGGAACUACAUACUUUUCAAUUAAGACUAAGGUUU